ACGAACGUGCCCAAGAUUUGACUUUAACUUCUGUUGCUAUGUUUGAUCUAAGCUCCCAUUGGUUGAUCAGGCCUUGUGCGCGCAGUAAAAAGUAAAAUACGCCUACUCAGACUAGACAUACUAAGAAGAACUUGACUUCAGUGUGGCAGUAAUAUCUGGGUGCCGUCGCUUUGCCGUUGGAGUGAGACUUACGUUAUUUACCAACUCAAAUUCAAGCAAACAUGGCUACCGUAUCGAUAUUUCGUGCUGCAACGGCUGCACGAUUUAGCAACACAGUGACAAGAACUCGCAGUUUGUUCAGUGUGACAGUCACGCAGCCGAGCCGGCAGAGCAGAGAGUUCCACCCUGUGUCUUCCAACAAGGCCCUGCUUAAAUGGCAAACUGAUCUACAAACUUCCAACUUGAAGGCGCCAGUGUUUUCCCGCCCUUUUAGCACAGAAGCUCAGGUUGAAGACGAGGAUAACGUCUACUAUGAAGGGUUGGUCAGACGUAUUCGUAGCGGGGAUAUGCAGAUGAUUGACGUUCGUGAUCUAUCGGAACUUGAAGAGUUUGGGACCAUCAUACCAAAUGUCUGUCAUAUUCCAGUACUGCAGGUGGAGGCAGCGCUGAAACUGUCUGAUGAGGACUUCAAGGCCAAAUAUGGGCAUCCUAAACCUAAAAAGACGGAUGAAAACAUCGUCUUUUCGUGUAAGAAAGGCAUCCGGAGCCUGACAGCACGGAAUACCGCCAGGGACAUGGGAUUCAAAAAAGCGAGACACUAUCCUGGUGCGUGGAUGGAAUGGGCCAGAAUGAACAACCUGCCAUCCCCUAAAGAGUAGAGGACUUUGGAAAGAUUCCGGGAGAACAAACUAAUCUUGGUUACUGAAAUUUUAAUCCAGAAUUUACCUGCUCAAACUGAAAGUUUAUAAUCAGGUUUUUCAUGGAACUUUAAUCGGUUUUAAAGCGGUUGUGUCGAGGGUUAUAGCAUUGGUUGUGGGUUAAACAAAAAUUAUUGUUCUUUUCCUUGUUUUCUUUCUGCUGAUUACAGUUUCGUUAUUAAAAAGGUGCUUUUUAAAAUAAAGCAGUUAGCUAAGCACAGGUUAUCGAGUGAAGAUUACCGACCAGCCAAACUAUCUUAUUGACCCAUUUCACCUGACGUCAUCAUCAGACAAGUCUUGAAUGCGUCAUACUGGUGGGCAAUUUCA